CGCGGCGCCUGGCCAAUGGAGAGGCUCGGCCCGGGGUUCAAUGCUUGGCCGCCGGCAUUUAAACGGGAGGCGGCGAGAUGCCCGACACUCGGUGCGCCCUUCGCGGACCGGGCGACUCAGUGCACAGCGGUAGAGUCACCCUCAGACCGGCUGGGCCGAGCCCAAGCGGCUCGAGUGGUGGCUGCACCCAGCGCCACGCGUCAAGAGCGCAGGGUCGGAAGACUCACCACACUGACAGUAUGAGCCGCACCGCCUACACUGUGGGAGCUUUGCUUCUCCUGUUGGGGACCCUGCUGCCUGCUGCUGAGGGAAAAAAGAAAGGGUCCCAAGGUGCCAUUCCCCCGCCAGACAAGGCUCAGCACAAUGAUUCCGAGCAGACUCAGUCGCCCCAGCAGCCUGGCUCCAGGACCCGGGGGCGGGGUCAGGGGCGGGGCACUGCCAUGCCGGGAGAGGAGGUGCUAGAGUCCAGCCAAGAGGCCCUCCACGUGACCGAGCGCAAAUACUUGAAGCGAGACUGGUGCAAAACCCAGCCGCUUAAGCAGACCAUCCACGAGGAGGGCUGCAACAGCCGCACCAUCAUCAACCGCUUCUGCUACGGCCAGUGCAACUCCUUCUACAUCCCAAGGCACAUCCGGAAGGAAGAAGGCUCCUUUCAGUCCUGCUCCUUCUGCAAGCCCAAGAAAUUCACCACCAUGAUGGUCACACUCAACUGCCCCGAACUACAGCCACCCACCAAGAAGAAGAGGGUCACACGAGUGAAGCAGUGUCGUUGCAUAUCCAUCGAUUUGGAUUAAGGGAUACCCAGCCUGUCCUAGGGUUGCAGCCCCAGGCAGGCUCAGAGCCACACCUAAGCAACCUGAUUCUUAUUUGGCUUAAACCUAGAGGCCAGAAGAACCAGCCGCUGCCUCCCGGCUAGAGCCUGCUUCUGCGUAGUUUGUGUGCAUGAGUCUGCAUGGGUGUCUGUGGGUGUUUUCAGACACCAGAGGAAACAGUCUCUGAUAGAGGUCACUUCCUAUUAUUAUCUGCUUUAAACAGAGGUGGUCAAAAUGCCCACACCACCCCUGGCAUCCACAGCCGCAGGGCUGGAUCUGCCUUUGUCUUCCAUGUGCCCCCUGGGGACCAGGAUCUAUCUCCCUUCAGAAAGAAUAUUAAUGGAAGAGGCUAUUCUGAGGGCAAGAGACUUAUUUGGGUGCUGCAUUAGACUUGGAGACAUUAUUUUCAACCUGUGUUUUCUUCCUCCCUUCUUUCACCCUUCCACAGUUCAUCCUUUUUCAGGUUCUCAGUGCCUUUUUCAGUCUCAUCCCAUGUCUGCCAAGGUUUCUAAAUUAAUUUGCUUGAUUGUGGAUGUCAAUAUUUUCCAUUUUGUGAAGACCCACCAGACUCUGGAGAGACUGGUGUAAUCGAUGACAAGCAGACAGAGCAGAGACAAAGGGAGCAUUGAGGGUAAGGACCAGUCAUGACCAGCAGAAUUCAGCAAGGAGAUGUGCAGAAAACUGGAAGGCCUAUUCUAAACACACUGGGACCCAUGCUUCAGUGAAAGGGUUUCCUGGUAUUUAAAAGAACCCAAGUGAACAGAGGAGAAAUAAGAUUGCCAAAAUAUCAUUGACUUUGUCACUCGGAUCUACCAAAACUAGCUGUAACCCAACACCAAACUUAAAACUUAAAUAUUGACCACUCCUGUUUUCAAACCAAGUAAGUGAGCUAAAUGCAAAUAGCCCCUGCUGUUUUGCCCCACUGGUGGACAAUUGAUGUAGUUUAGAACCUUCCACACAGGAAUAGGAAAAAACUCCACACUUCCUAGGCUGAGGUUCUAAUAUCUUUUCCUUGGUUAUAAUCACCAUUUCCCCAAUUCUUUGUUCCUACAUAAUGCUCCUAAAAGCCACAGCCCUGUAUUAUAAACAUUCUGUGUCUGCUGAGUGUACUUGAUAGGAAAGGUCAGUCUAAGCUGAGAGUUUAUGGCCCGCUCCAUUUUAGCUAUAAAUCUAUUUUGGGUCUUUUUGUAUUGGCUCUUGUUAGAAUACUGAGCUAGAGAGGAGAGUAAGGAAGUAAAAGGGUUUGCCUCUGGCUAGGUCAUAGUUAGUUCUUAACACCUGGAGGAUAUGUGAGGGAUAUGACCUCCCUGCUUCUUCCUUUGUUCUCUCAGGGUCUGCAGGGAAAUCCCAUUGAGGAGGCAGAGCAUUGGGGUGUGUUAGCUGGCCAUCUGCUACUAGGGGGAUCUGUGGGAUAUUGCAACCCGUUUUGUACCUACUGGAGAUGCUGUCCCUGAUGAAACUUGGGCCUGCUUGCGAUACCUAUGUAGACUUUUUCUAAUGACCAAAGUGCAGGGUGUGUGAGCCUUAUUGCACUUUGAAUUUGGCUAAGCUGUGCUUUUCAAGCCUGAGAUUCUAUAUAUAAAUGCCCCAAUUACUCUUUUUGCCUUUAUCGUCUCAGCUUCUCUAGUCAAGUCAAGUGUCAUUUGGAAAACAAACAUCAUAGACUUGGGAUUCAGUUGCCCAUCAAGAUUCCAGCAUUCAAAGAACCAUUGCAGUUAAAGAAGCUGUUUUUAUGUUGCUUUUUUUGUGGGUUAGUGUUCUCCCAUCUAACAACAGGAGCUGUGCCUUUAGACAGAAGUUAUUUUGAACACCCAAAAUGUUGGGUAUAAUUUUAAAUAUUUUAAAAUCACUACUGAUGAUUCUACUCUAGGCAAAUUCAUGCAAACACAUAGUCUAUGCGUUUCAUAUACACUGUAUUCCCCUGCCCUGAAUCUUUGUAUCAUCCACAUCCUCCAACAAUAAAGCACAGCAUGGAUUUAAUUAAGCACACAGAAUUUUGAGGGUGGGGGAAAGGAAAAGAAAGGGGAAGAAGCUUUAAAUGUAAAACCACACCAGAGAGGAAAAAUGACAUUCAGAACCAGCAAACAUUGAAUUUCUCUUGUUGUUUUAAUUCUGCCACAAGCAUGCAAUUUUGUUAAAAAGAGAUGACUUAAGUUGGCAGCAGCAGUCUUCUUUUAGGAGCUUGUACCACAGUCUUGCAUGUAAGUCAGAUUUGGCUCAAGUAAAGAGAAUUUCCUCAAAAUUAACUUCACCAGAAUAAUCAGCAGCAUAAAUACCCCAGAAGCACAGCACUAGCCAAAGAGGGAAACGUCUGCUUUUCUUACUGUGCCUAUAUUAAGAUGAGCACAAGUAUGGUGUGGCUUCCAACAUUUACUGAAAAUGCCAUAUCUGUUACUUAUUUUAUUGGAGUCACCAAUGAUGUCAUGAUAUAUAUUUUUUCAUUAUUGUAGUAGGAUUUUUCUAUGGCAAGAUAGUUGUGAUCUUGAUCUUACCUAUUAAAAUAAUGCCAAACACCAAAGAUGAAUUUUAUGAUGUACAGUUUGUGCUUGGCAUUAGAAGAGUAAAUACACAUCUUUUAAGUCUGUAAGUUGUUUUUGGUUACCGUCAUUUGGUUAAAAAUU